AUGCAACUGCUUCGUAUUUCGCUGUACCUGCCUGUAUUUUUAAAGCGCCUGCUUGCUCUUCUCGCGGGUUUCUUUUUUGGUAAGUCUGCGGCCAUUAUACUAGAAUCCUCGAUUGGCUGUCAUUCCAGCGGUUCCGUCCUAGACUUGCGACACCGGAUUGCCAAGUACGAGGAAGUUUUUGCGAAGUCCAUUUCCACCUCCGAUCCGCCCUUUGACGUUAUAAUAUGUCCGACCUUCGCCUAUCCGGCCCCUCUUGCGAACACUGCGGAGCUAUUUUUGGACACAUCAAUUCUCUAUACGGCUCUCUACAAUUUGGUGGAUUAUCCGGCCGGUGUUGUGCCGGUUGGCUAUGUCACAGCAGAGGAUGUCAAAGAAGCGGUGAAGCUGAAGGAGGCCUUUCGGCGUUCCGGAGAUCGUACAAAUGCUGCGCUUGCAAAUAUGCAAAUUGGCAGUGAAGGUCUUCCUUUGGCGGUGCAAGUAGUAGGCAGGCCCAUGCAGGAGGAGGUGGUUCUCAGAGUUAUGAAGGAAAUUGAGUCAUCUGUUAACUUUUGGCAGUAGACAGAGGGGGAACAGGAGUACUAAUUGUAUCGCCCUCUGGAUCUCCUUUAGUCUGUGUGCGUUGUAGUACUCGUUGUCGUUUUUUACAGAGGAACUUCACGCUUUGAACAAACUCUUUUUAAACCCUUUGGUCUCUUAUCAUUUGCGCCGUUUCUGUGUUCAUACCAGCCUUUCCGUUGAGCUAUAUUGACUUUUUAGUCGUCAUUAAAUUUGUCUCGAUAUGUCGUUGUCCUUCUGCCUUUUCUGUAUGUCACUUUCGCCUUAAUCAACAACUAGUACAGGAUAUGAUCGAUGAUUUCAUGUCUGGAAAAUAUUGCGCGAUAUACGCAUUCGACCGUUGUUGUUUGUACUUUACUGGUUGUUAAACAACUGAAAGUAACCUUUUAAUGUUUCAUCGCGCCUGAAGUACCUCUCUCAACUUCAGCUACCUCAUUGUGCCCCGCCUGACGAAUUAUGAAACAUAUUAUGCUUAGUAUUCUCGGUCUGACUGGCAGUAUUCCUGGGGGUCUAUCUGUUAGUGUAAUUGCUGGCCGCCCGACGUGUUCGAGGAUGGGCGACCAUUUAGUAGCCUUCAGCAGUUGUUAGAUGUCCACAAAGCAAGCUCUAGUAUCUUCCGAAUAAUCUUUUGCGGGCCAACGGAAAAGGUGUUACCAGGUCAAGGGGCUAAGGUCUGGCACACUGGCUGCAUUUCGAUUCAACCCAGCCGGAUUCUGGUACUGUCCCUGGCUAUUGCGAUUUGCUGUCAGAAAGGUUUUCUUGCCCUUAGUGCUCACCACAUAUGGCUGGUUGUCAGCAGCCGUGUUUCCAGCAGUGGCGUGGAAUUCAAGCGAGGCCAGCCAGGCUACAUUCUCAUCAGCUCAGGGCUUUGCGCCUUUUUCAUGUAGACAUAUCCAUGCGUGGUGCCAAAACUGCAAACACUAGCUGGUCAGACGACACCCUCGUUUGCUUAAGCCUGAAAGUUUAUCUAUCUUCUGUUUUCCGGGACGCAUCGAUGCGUUUAAUUUACAGCAACCCAGCACAGCCAAAUUUUUGAACUAAAAUCCACUCUUGAUUCGCAACCCGAGUCGGAGAAGGAAGCAGUAAGGAAUGGUCAUCAUGUAUUUCAUCAGCUGGCAAGGCAGCCGAUAUAAUUGUCCGGUUUGUCCGGUGGCACUGCAGUAACUUGAUCAGCUGAAGAAUUUUACAGGGCGAGUUAGCUCGCAGAACGAUGUUUUGUUCGCCAACUCUGAUGGUUCCUGCAAAAUCAGCCUGAAAUGACCGCAGAUACUAUUGGGCUAGAGUUGCCUCCUCCGUCGGGCAGGCCUCAAACGUCGGUAACACGUGAUAACUCUGCCACACUAUUUAUGAAGAAGGCAGCAGGUCAUCUGCGCCGGGUGGUUCUGUUCGCAAUAUGAGUAGUGGCCAUAAUGCUGACAACUACCCCAAGACAUUUGGUGACCUGGCCAUCACACUCCCUUUGUAACGGAAUCUCAGCUCUCUCCAAUCUGCUAUGUUGUACGCCCAACCCUCAUUUCGGUACGACAUCGUCCAUAGAGUACAAAUGCAACGUAACGAGAGAGCGCCCGAUGAGCAGAGCACGCACUCUGAAGCUUGCGGAUCUUGUGUUGACACUGUCACCAUGAAUCAGUCGACCAAGCGUAGAGUUUAAGAGCCAGAUCCUGAUUCGGUCUUCAGGAUAGUUCAGUCUUCAUCGUCAUUGCAUCUCUUUGACAGAUUGUGUUUCACUAUAAAGAGGACUUUACACCGUUUUUGUCCCAUAAUGUCGCGGAGCGCUGCCACACAAGGUCCGCCAUCUCAGCCCAUUCCACUACUUUGCUGAGGACUUACUCGUUUAAUGCGCCUGCUAAACAACGGUACCGGUGGAGAGGACGGACUGCCAACCGGAGUCUGUAAAGGUUGUCCUAGUGCGUUUUCUGAGCCAACCGGCGACGCAUUUAUGUAGCCCGGCGCAUCAGGCCCGCCACACAGUCCCGCGAAAUGCCGUUUCUUCAAGUAGAAAGACAAUACGGAGUGUCGCCACUGCGGGUGCGUCGGUUUACUUGGUGUCUCCGUGGAUAUCUUCGCGGGUGUUAUUCUGCGCCGUCUGAUCUCCACUCAGGAUGCACAAAGGGGCAAAAGCUAUUGUGCUUUUUGCCCUGACAGAGUUUGUGUCCAACGUUCGACAGUUGUGAGAAUUCCUAACGCAGUAAUCAGAAGACUAGCUGGCGAGUAUACAUUUUCUUUCGAUCAAUUCUUGGAAGGGCAGUACAUUUAUAUGGGAACGGGAUAGAAGCAAAAAAGUCAGUGAUAAAAGAAAUUAAUUAAAGUUUGUCUUAAAACACAGGCGGGGUGCGGGAAUGUGUGUGUGAGUGUGUGGGGGGAGGAAUGUAGCAGUGAAUGAAAUGGACGGGAUGAGAGCGAAAUGGCAGGGAGAGUUGCAGCAUUAGUCGAACUUCGACGACGGUAAGCGCAGAGCCUGAACAUGGUUUUUGCUCGCGCAAUACCGACUUUCGUAGCCUGAAAGCAAUCGCCUCUGCUGUUGCUAAUGGAAGCUGGCUCGGUAGCUAAGGGUAGCUUGAAGGGACCUUAUAAACUACGCGAAACGCCUUACUGGGUUCCACACGAUGCCUGGUAUCAACGACAUGUGCGAGAAUGGCGCUUUUCAUGCUGCUAGUUUUUUUUUGGACAGAUGCCGACUCUUGAGACCAAUUUAACCUGCUCCACAGAAUCACAUGAAAGAGUAUAUGCACAUUGAGGUGGUCUGAGAUGGCAACUUAUUCUUGCCUUCUCCGCAUAAAGUAGGAUUCGAAUCCUUGCCGCUGGGAGUGUUCGUUAGACAGCUUGAUCGAGGCGUUUUCGUAGGUGUUCACUCGCAACGUCCUCUUGAAAGGGAACUUUGAGGAGGAACUUUCUUUUCGGCGGUCGGUGCGCUUGGUUUUUUUCGGUCGCUGGACAAUGUUCUUCGCAAGUGGACAUAUUUCCGUUUCUCCGAUUCCAUAGCGAUGUUUUACGCUGCCGCCGGAAGGCCGUCGAGGAUGGUGGUGUGUCCCCGCAACUCGUACAUUUGACCAAGGUUAACUGUCAACUCGUGCAAGCCGGCAGUCAAAUGUGCAGUAAAAAAAGAAUCAGUAACUUGCAGUUGGAUGUACGUUGGCCAUUACUGUGUUCUCUCUCUCUCCAGGUCUCCUUAACUAUUCGACAAGUUAGGUGCUAUGUGCAUCUCACUAGGACAACCAGGGCCUAAGGCUAUAACAAUGCAUUUUUGUCUCAGCCGUUUAUUAUGCUGUCAACAUAGGCUUCCUUGGUCGCGCAGCCGUUAACUCACGCAAAUUUAGUUUAUUUGUCCGAUGUCUUUGUAACACGUAACGCUAUCUGUCUUCAAGAGGUUCGAACCUCUUUAGUACUUUGUCUGGCUCGAGUUCUCUGUGCUAUCGACUGGAUAUUGUCUGUAUGAAAAAAACGCCGCUCACCACUUGUACAUAACAUGUUAGUUUGCUUCUAGGAAUGUUGCGGGAUUCAGUCUAUUACGAAUAUUGAAGCAUAGGAAGCUCCGGUCAAGCCAACCCCUUGCAAGUAGCGGGAACCGAGAAAGACCGAUGGGUCUGAUGACUGAUCUCACCAGAUGAUUCUGCGUUUUCGUGUCACGGACUAACUUUCGGAAGUAGGGCCGCGGUGUCGACUGAAUUCCCCUUCCGACGGUGUUGCGGUAAAAGGCCGCCUUCGCCGACGAUUCGGUCGUACACGCCGGCGCCAUCUUCCAGACUGCCUGCUCAAUUUAUUGCCGUUGGCACGGUCGUCAACUGAGGGAGUGGAGGAAUAUGGCCGAAGCACUAGUAGCUUUCAUUCACGAAUUACUGUUGUUUCGACUUAAGCCCUGCAAACACCCUAUCCCUCACCUAAGCAGCAGAAAAUAAAUAAUGAUGAAACAUGAUUUGGCAGGUAACUCUGAUAUCCUCAGACUAGGUCAAACGCUGUGAACAACUACUUAAAGCGACUUCCAAAAAUCAUAUAUACUUCUCAUUUUUCUCAAUCGUUUUUAGGUUGUAGAUCGUAAAAUGGACAGUAUGAUGGAAACAUGGACCAUUCUGUUCAGGUUUCCAACAGAGAUCGGAUGGUGUACUCUAGUGUGCGGAUUUGUAGUGGUCUUCGUCACUUUAAAAAUAUCACACGCAUGGCUCCAACGAACGAAAGCACACGCGCUACUUGCUGAGAAACAUCGAAAGCUCUCCGAAAUUCGACAGACAAGUUUACUGGGUCUGCAGAAAAAUCCACAGCUUGAGCACUUCUGCAGCCUUAGCACUCGCGAGUUAGCUGCCAAAAUACGAUCCGGCGAAGUAGAGCCCUUACAGUUGCUCCACGCAUUCCAACAACGUGCUGCAGAACUUCUUCCACAGAACUGCAUAGCUGAGGUAAUCCUGGAGGCAAACGACCAAGCUAAGGCUCUUGUUCUGGACAAACAAGUUAAACGUUCUCCGCUGUUUGGCAUCCCAGUGAGCUUUAAAGAAAAUUUUAGCAUAAAAGGCUACGACACACCCCGCGGUUUGCUUAAACAUCUUAACGACCCGGCAACAGAGGAUGCCGUACUGGUGAAGGUUCUUCGAUCAGCUGGAGCUGUUCCCUUUGUUACUACAUCCAUGCCGCCAUCUGGUCUGUCAUUGGACUCAUCCAAUGCAAUUUACGGAGAACAACGACACUUUUCUGACAGGAGACGUCUGGCGGGUGGAAGCUCCGGAGGUGAGGCUUUGCUUCUUGCCGGAUGUGGAUCUCCUCUCGGUUUCGGGUCGGAUAUUGCCGGUAGUCUUCGAAUACCGGCCGCCUUUUGUGGCAUUUCAUGCUUGAAGCCUACCUUUAAACGUCUUAGUCAUUUUGGUCUUGUUACGGACAACAGGAGAAACAAUGCUCGACUAGAUGUGUGUGUUGGGCCAAUGGCAAGGAAGGUGGACUCUCUGGUAGAUGCAAUGCGCACCCUUCUCGGACCUGAAAUGUUCAAUCUCGAUCCGACUGUUCCGCCAAUUGCUUUUGAUGAAGCCCUGUUUUCUGGUUCGCGUAAACAGUGUCUAGUUGUGGGAUAUUACACGCAAUUUAAGGGCGACGCGCAGGUUCAACCAUCGCCUUCUGUGCAGCGCGCUGUCCUGGAAGUGAAGGCAAUUUUACAAAGCCAAGGCCAUUUGGUAAAGGAGUUUGUCCCGCCGUCUGCCGACUUAGCCGAGGAACUGGUAUUGUCCACUUUCUUUUCUGAUGGCGGUGCUGGAUUGCGCUCUGCCCUAAGCAAUGAGCCACUGCCGAAGCACAUGCAGCUGCUGCGUAUUUCGCUGUACCUGCCUGUAUUUCUAAAGCGCCUGCUGGCACUCCUCGCAGGUUUCUUUUUUGGUAAGUCUGCGGCCAUUAUACUAGAAUCCUCGAUUGGCUGCCAUUCCAGCGGUUCCGUCCUAGACUUGCGACACCGGAUUGCGAAGUACGAGGAGGCUUUUGCGAAGUCCAUUUCCACCUCCGAUCCGCCCUUUGACGUUAUAAUAUGUCCGACCUUCGCCUAUCCGGCCCCUCUUGCGGACACUGCGGAGCUAUUUUU